AUGCAUGUCAAGGUGAACAGCACUGGAAAGUUCAUGGAAUUUGAGCGUGCAGAAUGGGAAAAGAUGAAGAACAAGAUCGACAUGAUCACUGCGCAUGGCAUCAACUAUUUUAUGAACUGGCAGCUCAUCUACAAUUAUCCUGAGUCACUGCUCACAGAGAAGGGCAUCGUCACGAUCGAGCAUGCUGACUUUGAGGGCUUUGAGCAAUUAUUGCCCGUCACUGGCAGCUAG